AUGAAAUUUGAUAUAAAAUUAUUGGAAUUUUAUUCAAAUAUAUUUGAUAUAAUUUUUUUAUUAAUUACUUUAUUAUUUUAUUUAUUAUUUCUUUUUAAAUUAAAUUUUACUAAAUUAAAAUUUAAUUUUAUAUUUUUUUUAUCCAUUUUUAAAUUUCUUUUAAACUUUUUCUUAUUUCAUAAAUUUAAUUUUUAUAUUUCUUUUCUAUAUAAUUUUAUUUGGUUUAUUAUUUUCAAAGGUUAUAAUAAUCUUAAACCAUUACAUAUGAUCUCACAUACUAAUACUAAUACAACUACAACUACACAUUUAACUCAUAAAUUACACUAA